AUGGCAUCUAGGUGGAACAUUCAUUACAGCCGUCUCCCUGCCGAUGAAGACGAUGAUUAUGACGGUAGCGGUGGAAGACAAUACGAUCCUAAAUUUGACUAUACGCCAAGAAAAGUCCCACGGAAAUCCAUUGCGCUUGCAAAUUUCCUGCUCUUUCUCGGAUGUUUCCUCUCCUCAUUUCGAUAUUCAUCUACACAGGUCAUAUGGAAGGAGAUCGGCCACAAGCGUACGGCCAGUUACGGCUCCAGAAUCGAAUCACAGGCCGAAAGAAAAUAUGAGAUGAUAGACUUUGUUCUUUUCUAA